ACGCCGCCGCCGUCGAUAAGCAAACCCGAACGCGAGAACCAUAACCUGAAACCCGUAAAACAGAAAACGACUUCCUUUUCUUUUUCAAAUUUCGCGGCAGAUAAUUCAGUUUCCGGCGAUUUAAGAGGUUAUCAAGGAAGAUUUGGAAGGCUUCUUGACAUUCACUGCUGUGUCUCUUUACAAUCUUGGAGGAGGGAAGAAAUUUUUUUCAGGAUUUCUAUGUAAGAGAAUGGCCUUCUUUAGGAAUUAUUCCAAUGAAGUAGUCUCACAUAGUGUCUUGGAAGAGAAAGUCCAGGGGGAUGAUGUCCAUAAUAUUCAUAGUUCUGUUGGAAAUGAGGAUGUAGAUGGCACAUGUAGUGAAAGAGAAUUUGAUAUGAACAUGGAUCUGCUGUAUCAGAGUGAUGGUGAGCCAGAUGAUAUUGUUAGGAUUAAUGAUGAGUCAGGUGCUGACCCUGGUGCUGGUAGGGAAAAUUCACAUUUUCAGCUUCCAGGAAGAAGAGCGGCUCCUGGAAGAUGGGGUUCAACAUUUUGGAAGGAUUGCCAGCCCAUGAACCACUUGGCUGAAUCAAAAUCUGAGCAUAAAAAGGUUGAAGGUUUGGAAGAUAAUUCAUCUGUCGACCGGAAUGACAGGUCAGAGUCUGAGGAUAACGAGGGUCAGAAGCCCAAGGCUCAUGGGGGCUAUUCUGAUGUCCCUGCAGAAGAAAUGUUAUCUGAUGAAUACUAUGAGCAGGAUGGGGAAGAUCAGAGCGAUACAAUGCACUAUAGAGGGUUUAGCCUUUCUUCUGGGUUGAACUCUAGGCCUCAGUCAAAGCCUACAUCUGCUAAUACAAAUAUGUCAAGGAGUACAAGAGUGAAUAAUCGUAAAUAUGAUUAUGGGGAUAAUGACAACAAUGAUGAUGCUGAUGCGGAUUAUGAAGAAGAGGAUGAGGAAGAUGCAGAUGAUCCUGAUGAUGCAGAUUUUGAACCUGAGUUUGGUGACACAAGUGGUCACACGGGGAAUAAGGAUAAAGACUGGGAUGAUGAAGAUACUGAUGAAGAGGAUAAUAGUGGUGAUGAUGUAGAUGUCUCAGAGGAAGAUGAUUCUUAUGAUGCAAAAAGACCUAAGGGUAACCUGCAGAGAAAAGGUAUACAUAGUCAAAAACCUGCUAGAGAACGCAAAGCUUCUAGCAGACCUACAAGAGGCAAAGCAUCUUUGGAAGAGGAUGAGUACUUGGAUGAGGAUUGUGACAGCCAAGACAAUGAGGACUUCAAGAGCAUGACAAGAAGAGGUACACAUCUUUGCAAAAGUAAUGCUCGUUCUACUAUGUCAACAGAUAUUGGACGAAACAGUGAGGUUCGAACAUCUAGUAGGUCUGUUCGGAAGGUGUCAUAUGUAGAGAGUGAAGAAAGUGAAGAUGUUGAUGAAUGCAAGAAGAAAAAGUUACAAAAGGAUGAAGCUGAAGAGGAAGAUGGUGACUCAAUUGAAAAGGUGCUAUGGCAUCAGCCAAGGGGCAUGGCUGAAGAAGCUAUGAGAAACAAUAGAUCAACUGAGCCUGUUCUGUUAUGCCACUUGUUUGAUGCAGAACCAGAUUGGAAUGAGAUGGAAUUCUUGAUAAAAUGGAAAGGCCUAUCACAUCUGCACUGUCAAUGGAAAUCGUUUUCUGAGCUACAAAAUCUUAGCGGUUUUAAGAAGGUCCUAAAUUACACCAAAAAGGUGAUGGAGGAAGUGAGGUAUAGGAAGUCACUCUCACGUGAAGAGAUAGAGGUCAACGAUGUGAGUAAGGAAAUGGAUUUGGAUCUCAUCAAGCAAAAUAGUCAGGUAGAGAGAAUAAUUUCUGAUCGGAUUAAUAAAGAUGGGUCAGGAAAUGUGAUGUCAGAGUAUCUAGUCAAGUGGCAGGGAUUGUCUUAUGCUGAAGCAACUUGGGAAAAGGAUGUAGAUAUUGCAUUUGCUCAGGAUGCCAUUGACGAGUAUAAGGCUCGUGAUGCUGCAAUGGCUGAACAAGGGAAGAUGGUGGAUAACCAGCGCAAGAAGAGCAAAGCAAGUUUAAGGAAGCUUGAUGAACAGCCUGAGUGGUUAAGGGGAGGACAACUUCGUGAUUAUCAGCUUGAGGGUUUGAAUUUUCUUGUUAAUAGUUGGAGAAAUGAUACAAACGUGAUUUUAGCCGAUGAAAUGGGUCUUGGUAAAACUGUUCAGUCAGUUUCUAUGCUUGGUUUCUUACAGAGUGCUCAACAAAUUCCUGGGCCAUUUCUUGUUGUCGUGCCAUUAUCCACAUUAUCAAACUGGGCUAAAGAAUUUAGAAAAUGGCUUCCUGAUAUGAAUGUUAUUGUAUAUGUUGGUACCCGUGCAAGCAGAGAGGUUUGUCAGCAAUAUGAGUUUUAUAAUGAUAAGAAAGUUGGCAGGCCUAUUAAGUUUAAUGCCCUACUUACUACAUAUGAAGUAGUUCUGAAGGAUAAAGCUGUUCUAUCCAAGAUAAAGUGGAAUUAUUUGAUGGUUGAUGAAGCACACAGGUUAAAGAAUAGUGAGGCUCAGUUGUAUACAACUCUUUCGGAAUUUAGCACUAAGAACAAGUUGCUGGUAACUGGCACUCCAUUACAGAACAGUGUUGAGGAGUUAUGGGCACUUCUCCACUUCCUUGAUCCUGAUAAAUUUAGGAGUAAGGAUGAUUUUGUUCAAAAUUACAAGAAUCUUAGCUCAUUCAAUGAAAGUGAGCUUGCUAAUCUUCAUAUGGAAUUGCGGCCACACAUUCUCCGAAGGGUUAUUAAGGAUGUGGAGAAGUCUUUGCCCCCCAAAAUAGAGCGUAUCCUUCGGGUUGAAAUGUCUCCUCUGCAAAAACAGUACUAUAAGUGGAUUUUGGAACGCAACUUUCAUGACUUGAACAAAGGAGUUCGUGGUAAUCAGGUUUCACUUUUGAAUAUAGUAGUAGAGUUGAAGAAAUGCUGCAACCAUCCAUUUCUCUUUGAAAGUGCUGAUCAUGGUUAUGGUGGUGACACUAGAUUGAAUGAUAGCAGUAAACUGGAGAGAAUCAUUCUAAGCAGUGGGAAGCUAGUUAUACUAGAGAAGCUGCUUAUUAGAUUGCAUGAGACUAAGCAUCGUGUUUUGAUCUUUUCUCAGGUUAGUUUUAAAACUUUUCAGUCCUCUUCAGCAACUUCCUCAGUGGAAGCUUGCAGGGUUGAUAACAGUAUAUUUCUAACCAUCAAUGAUGAUGCUGAUAAAGAAAAGCCAGAAAUGAUACCUUUGUUUAUUGUUAAAUUGCCUUUUUUCAUCUAGCAGGCUAGCUGGUUAACUUGCAUGAAUAAUGGCUGCCAAAAUGUGCUAUUUUCUACCAUAGAGACUGACUAAUGCUAUGGCUGAGUGACUUGUCCUAAGGCUUAGAGACAUUCAUAAGGAUUAAUUAAACUAUUUUGGUUGUUGUUCUGCUAUUUCUGUGUUCAUUAGGUACUGAAAUGAUAAACUUUUUGGAUUUAGAUUCCUAUAUUACUGCUCAACCCACUUCAAUUCAUGGCAUGUCAACUUACAAUAUAGGUGUAAAUUGGUGUUAGUGUUGAGGGUUCUCCAGAAACACUGAUUUUGGGAACGGCUGUUCCUGUUGCAUAUUCUGUAAAAAAUUUGGUUGAUAUUGUUGAUAGAUAUAGUGGUAGCUAUGUAGGUUGUGUGAACAGUACGAUGCUGUAAACUUAGUGAUGAAACAUGUAUAAUCGAGUCAUCAAAGGGGUGUGUUGGGCUGAUUCCCUAGGGAUGUUUGUGCUUGCCUGCAUCUGCAUGUACAUUUACUAAAGUGUUAAAGGAUUU